GACUCUCACCUCGGGAUGGCGAGGCGCUGUCAGGAGCUUCACGAUGGGAUCGUUCGGCACCUCGAGCGCGAGCUCCAAGAUCUCGCAGUUGAAGCCAGACCAGCGUUUAUAUCCAAUGGAGUAGACAUCCAGUUCUGGGGCUACCUCAUACUCAAGGUGCUCUCAGUCACCCUCUUCUUCUUCGCACGUGAACUUGCUGGUCGACAGCACUGGCACUUUGUGGGCGGCGGCGAGCACGACCAGGCUGCGCGCGGCUCCGCGCCCUCAGUCUGCGCGGCGACGCGGGCCAAGUGGCACUGCAGGAGUUGCCUCCAUGCUGUCGGCAAGCCCUCCCUCAACUUCGCUGAGAAGUCCGAGUGCUACAUGUGCAAGCGGCCCAAGUCUGCGGAGCCCGGCCCAUGCGGGAAGGAGAAGUCACCCUCGGUCAGCAUUCGCCGCGGCACAGGCUCGGGCAAGCCAGCACCCUGGGCUCGCGAUGCGGAGGAGCCAAAGUUGCAGCAUAAGUUGCAGACCCAGCUGCAGCAAAAGGCCAAGCUCAUCCACCUGCUCCGGGAGGUCGACGGCCAGUCGGACAUCGCCGCGGCUCGCAAGCGGCUGCAGGCCGUCGGGCAGGAGCUGGCCCACGCCAAGAUCAUCAGCGGCUCGGCGGCCGAGGCUCUCGCCGAGCAGACGCGGAUGGCGCUGCGCCAGAUCGGGACACGCGAGCGCGACCUGCUGAAGACCUCCUCGGGCGCCACGGCGACGCGGACCAAGCUGGUCGACGUCCAGGCGGGCCUGGCCAACGGCGAGAAGCCCGUCACCGACACGGCCGCCGUGCCCGACGGCGCCACGGCGGCACGGCAGCCGGCGCAGCUGUUCCGCGAGUGCGUGGGGCAACACAUGGUGCACGGGGCGCCGGCGCCAGCGCCCGCGCGCUGGCAGGAGCCGCAGGCGCCCGCGCAGCUUGCGCAGCCCCCGCCGCGGACAGAAGUCUCGGCGCGCGCAGCCCCGCAGGCGGCGCAGCCGCCGAGGGCGUUUCUUUUCGAGCCCAGCGAGAUGCGCCAGCGGCCUCAGCAAGCCGGGGUUGCAGUCUCAGUGUCCGACUUCGAGGCGCAGCGGGAGUUCGAGCGCACGAGGGCACUGGCCCUCGCCCCAGUCCCCCUGCUGGACGAGCCGGCGCCCCUCGCCGUGCCCGCUGGCAAGGACUCGCUCGUCAUCGGCACGACCAACGGCGACGCGCGGGCAGGAGCCCGCAAGGUUGCCGAGCGACUGCAGGGCGACCGCAGGCGGCUGGGAAGGCAGCACAGUGGCGAGAUCUCCCCCGCGGUCUCGCGCGCGGCGGGGCUCGUCGGCCGGCUUGGACGUCGAGCCCAGGCGGAGCCCGUGCUGCUGAUCCCCAUUCAGGCUGCCGAUCCCCGGAAGGGCACCGCCGCUGGCCGCGCCGCUGGCCCGGGCGCCUCCGCGCCCGAUCCCGCGGACAUCAACAAGUCCACCCAGAAGGAGCUGGCCUCCGCGGUGGUCAAGCACUCGGAGAAGUACGACAAAAAGCUCAAGACCGUCCAGGACGACGUUCGGCACUGCGCCCAGCGAGUGGAUGACUCAACACAACAGCAGGAUGAGCUCAAAGGCCAGGUCAGAGAAAUCGAAAAAACAUUCCUCGUCGCCGAGAAGGCCGUUGGCUUCACGGACGCGAUCCACCUCUCCAUCUGGGACCCGCCCCCGGAGCCGAAUGUCUUCACUGUCAACGCCAAUCGUGAACGCAAGAUGCUGGAGCAUCUACGGACGACAUCAACCUUCAUGAAGAUACUCCGGCAAGGCGCUUCCACGUCGAGGUCAAGGGCGGCGCGGCGGGCAACCACAAGGCCACUGAGCUCGGCAAGGCCCAAGACCAUCACGGGCAAGUGGAAGGAGUUGUCCGCCACGUCCGUCACUGACGCCGUCGGCCCCCUCUACCUCAACCCCGACAGACCCCCCCGAACGCAAAGGAUGGCAUUGCAGACGAAACGUCUCAAGCAAAUUUUGAAACUCCCCCACCCUAAGCUGGCCUUCUGGCCGAACCGAGCCAAAGGGGAAGUCGAGCUGGACCGCAUUCCAGGCGCACGAGCACUGGCACCCGAAGUCCCCGACACCCCCUUCAAGAUCGAAUGGAACCACCCAGAGGCUGACAGAGCGGCCAUCUGCAAGGAGGAUGUUGAGGCCGAGUUCAAGCGCAUCUUCGAGGUGCGCGGGCGCCACGAGGGGCGCGCCCCUGCAAUCGCCUUCGUGAACGUCCACGACCACGGCCUGAUAUCACUGGACCGGCGGAAGGUUGCCGUCGCCUGGCACGCGGCGCGCCAGCGGGCGCAAGCUCGCCCGAAGGCGCGGCUUCUCUUGGACGCAGGCGAUUUCAAUUACGACGACGGCGCUAACCUCAGCUAUCUCGAUCCGUCCAGGUCGGCGAUGAAGCGGCUGUUCUCCUCGACCCCGACGCCGCAGCCUCCCGCGUGCGCCAGGCGGCCACAUCUGUUCUUGAUCGCCAGCGUGCUGACGCUCAGCUUCACGCCGCCGCCGCUCAUCAGAGAGGCGCCCACGAUGCCGGAGCUGCUCGUUGGACCGGGCCGCGAAGCUGAGCUCGGACUCUGCGCUGGCGACCUCGGGGUGGUGCCCUGGGAGUUGGCAUCCAUUCGUUCUCUCGCCGUGCACAUUGGUGCCAUGAGCUGGUUGGCUUGCCUCUCCCUGCAGCCGAAGAAGUGCGCGUUGGCCCCGCCAUGGCCGUCGACGGCACCGCUUGCUCAUGCCCGAGACUCGAUCCGAGCGGCUCUGACUGAGUUGGUCCUGGAAUGGGGGGAUUUUGCGAUCGAGUCCGCGGCGAAGUACCUCGGACUUGUCCCUGGAACCGGCGCGACCCUCGAGGACUCCUGGCUCGGGGCCUCGAACAUGCAUCGAUCCCAGGUGGCCAUCCUCAGGAGAACUCCCGCGGCCACCCUCGAGGUGAUCAAGCUCUACAACUCUUCUGCAAUCACGGUACUGUCGAACUUUUCUCAACUCCUCCCGCUUCCGGAAACCUUGUUCAAGGCGGAAAUCGACGUAUUGCACAGUAUCUUGAAGGCGCCUCCGAUGUCGUUCAACCUCUCCGAUCUCCUCAGCAUGCGCACUGGAGCCCUGUUGUUGGCCAACCGCGCGGCCAAGACAGACCUGCUGGAAGCUGCCCUCCGUGACCAGCGCCCCCACCUUCAACGUGUUCACUGGGAGGCGGCCUCAGCCGCCCUCUACCCCGAGGUUGCUUCCCCUGGUGUAUUGUGGGCGAACAACCGCACGCUGGCAGGAGCAUGGCCUACGUCCUUCCAGAUGCACGUCGGCAUCCGCCAUUUGCCCUACCGGUUCGGUUGCGAGGGCUGCAACGAUGAGAUCGUUCAUGACCAGACCUGUCGCAGGGCCUGGCGAGCGGUCUGCCAGGCGACGUGGUCAUUCGCGCAUUCGUCUGUGCUACACAGAUUGGCCUUCGGCGAAGAACCAGCAUACCAAGACGCUUGCCGCAGACUGCAGCACGGUUGGCGCGCCUCUACCACAUUCACAACAUUCUUCGCCACCGUCCGGGUGCACACGUCCAACCGCCGGACGCGGCAGUCGCAGCUGCGAGGGUCGCGGCACACCCG